AUGUUUCUUUUAAAUUUACCAUCUAAUCCAAAAGAAUUGGCAGCCAUUGAAAGACGCCGCAGAAAUGAAAAAGAACGUCAAGCGCGAAUAUUCAAUGUGAAAUAUCGAACGAUUGGAAUUGAUAAAGAAAUGCUCGAUGAACAAGUCAGACAACGAGAAUUGAUACAAGAAAUGGAGCGACGAAGAGAUGAAGCGUUUGCACGAGAAAUGAUCCGGAAUGAUUUGAAAGCGUUGGUAAUGGAACAAGACGAACGUCAAAAGGACUAUGAAUGUGCCAAAAGAGUUGAUGAAUUCCGAAAAUUAUAUCAAAAACCAGAAAUGGCGAGAGAAUGGGAUCUGAAUAAUCCAGAUGCUUUGAAAAAUGGAGUAUCGCCAAGAAUAAUGGAUGAUGAUCCACGUUUGGGACCAGCAUCGAUCCAGUCAUUUGCUGGAGAAGAUUUGAAUUUAAAAGCACGAAAGAAAUUACAACAAGAGCAACUGAAAGAAUAUUUUAACACACAGCGAAUGAUACGUAAAAAAAAUGAACGGCAACAACAAUUAGCUGAUUUGUUGUUUGAUUGCAAACAAACACAACUUAAUCAAAUUGGAUAUAACUUUGAAAAGAUUGAAGAAGAGUGCAAACGUGCUAUAGGAGUUGCUACGAGACAUUAUAAUGAAACAUUGGCAAGUGAAGCAAAAAUGAAAGAACGAGAGCAACGUAAACGUGAUACAGAUGAACAAUUAUCGGAAAUAAUCGACACAGCAUUUUCUAAUUUAUUAACGGAAGAUGACAGUACCGCUGUGAGCGCAGUGAAUCCAAGUCGAGUUGUUGUAGAUCGAUGGAAGGGUAUGACCAAAGAUCAACUAAAUGAAAUACGAAACGAACAAUUGAAGCAAAUGGAGCAAAGACAAAAAUGUGAAAUUGAAGAAGAACGAUUUAAUGCAAAAUGGGAUUUGUAUCAUAAUGUCAUCGCUAAACAAGGAACAAUUAUUGAACAAAAAUUAAAUGAAGAAACAAAACGUUGUAAUCAAACAUUUGCUGAUUAUAAUCUGAAAUUGGCUGAAACACAAAAAGAGCGAGAAAAAUAUUUAAAAAAUGUUGUUUAUCGUAGUGUGCCGUCAUCAACCUUUUAUACUCAAUUCAAUACCACGAGUAGAUGA